CAAUACGGAAGAGCGUAGCUAUCCAUCGGGGAGUCGCAUCGCUGUGUAACGCGGUGAUUGGCGGGCGGGCUGGCACAGCUGCCGGUCGCUCCACUACUGUAAAUUGUAUAAAAGGUGUCCGGCGGGGUGACAGUCCCGAACCGACGCUGUCACAGUCACCAUGAGGGUGGUCUCGCUUCUGCCUCUGUCGGCGCUGCUGCUGGCGCUCGGGGUCUCCCGCUGUGUCGGUCAACUCAUGCGCCAUGGGGAUGCGGGUCAGAUGAGAGCCGCGAUGGGCGUGUCAUCUGCCGACUGCGAUGACGCUCAGACUGGCCUGGAGAUGGACUGGGACGGCUCGGCUGACGAGUACACCUGCUCUGCGGAGCAGUCGGGCGCAGCCAGCGGCACCGGCUCGGUACUGGAGAGCAAGCUGGAGAGGAUGUGCCUCGAGGUGCCAGCCGACUUCCAGCCGGAGCAUAUCUGCAUGAACGUCUCCAUUGAAUACACGGAAACCAUUCCAACUACGGUGAAUCACCGACCGCUUUGGGCCGUGUAUGGAGAAUACACAUACCUUCCGCCUCAGCGCUGGACCCACAACAUUGAGCACGGCGCGGUUGUCAUGCUGUAUCACCCGUGCGCCGACUCUACCGAGGUGGACAAAUUGAAACAACUGGUGCGCGGCUGCAUCCGCAAACACGUCAUCACCCCCUACAACAAACUGCCAAUGGAACAGCCGCUGGCACUGGCCACCUGGGGCUGCCACCUCCACAUGGCCGAGGUGGACGAGGCCGCCGUGCGCAGCUUCAUCAGGGAGACGGCUCUACAGGGCACCGAGGGCCACCUCAGCCGGGAAGGACAGUACGACUACAUGCUGGUGCAGAAGGCCCAGCCACCGGUCGGAUCCGACAUCGACGACUCUGUCCUCUGCCCCAACCAGCCGUGAGCUGGCCGCGGCGCGGGGUCACUCUGUGGCAUGGGAGACAUGCCAUUGGGCGACACGCACCAGAUAGAAGAUGCCGUAGGGAUACAUAAAUAUAUCGGCAGCUUAAUUGGUGUUGGACAAUAUUUUACAAUAUACGUAUAGGUAUGUAAGACAAAUAUUGGUAAAUAUUGAUUAUUUUUCAUUCAUUGUUUUGGUUCAUUUUCAUUUUCCGUUAUUUACUUCUUUCGUGUAAUUUUCGGGCACACUAUAGCUAAAUAACUUGUUUUCUGCAGGUGUGGCCUCAACUUCAAGUCAUAAUAUUUUGUCAUCUAAAUGUAGUCGUAUGCCUUAUACGAGCGAUAUGCUGUUCCAGAUGUGUUUAGAAAGGAAAAGCUUUACCAUCUGCAUAUGUUUGUACCUACCAAGCGUGCAUUAACCAUUUUUAGGAACAAACGGACUUUUUUGCAUGCGGAAUUGCUCAAAUUGACGAUGCAUAACUACAUAUGUGAAGUAGGUACCGCAGUGAAAUAUGAAAAAUACAUACCUACAUUUUAGUUUCUUCUGUUUCUUUGUCGUUAAAUCUCUACAGUGUCAAUGGUACAACCUUCACAUUACGAAUAAUUCAACAUUAAUGUCUUAUUACCUUUGCAAUGGUGACACCUGAAACGUUUCAAUAAAGUUUAUCGAGGAUAAAAGGA